CUCAUCAAGCGGCUGCCGUGCUCCUCACGCCGAGACGUGCGCGCGCAGGCGGCCUGCCGGCGUGCCGAGAGAGCGCGUGACGUCACCCCUGACCUGCGCGCGCUGAGCGUGAGGCGGUGCUGCUGCAUCGGGCGCUUGGCGCGCGUGCUGCUGCGCCUCCCUUUCCGGCCUCCGGGCGCUGCUGCUGAGGCACGAUCUCGCUCCCGCAAGCGAGCUUGAUGCCUCCUGGAGCACGCUUGCUGCAUUCUUCGUCGCUGUCGACAUGAAGAGCAGGAGCCACGUCAAGCACAGUCGCACACUCAGAGAGAGAGAGAGAGAGAGAGAGAGAGAGAGAGAGAGAGAGAGAGAGAGAGAGAGAGAGAGAGAGAGCCCCGUUCCGUUGUUUCCAGACGCGAGUAGAGUAGGCGUCUCCAGGCGAGAGAUGUGGGAGAUGGGAGGCAGGAGAGGCGUGUGUAGGGGAGAUGAGAGGCGCAAACGGCGCUCCGGGAGGCAUGCGAAAAGUAGAGAGGGGGGAGCUUGCGCGAGUCGUCUGGUGUACAGCGCGCUGAGCCUGGGAGAGUUGAGAAGGUGGGGCGCGGGAGGCGCGAGGGAGACAUGCAGAGGAAGAGAGAGAGGACAGAUGUGUGUGUGUAGGCUCGUAGAUGUGAUGUAGAGAUAUGAUAGGUUCGCAUCGCAUCGAGUCGAUGGAGAGCGGGAUGGGACGGAAUGAGUGCUAUGUGUGAUGGUGUGGUGCGCGAAG